AUGUCGAUAGCUUCUCGUUACGGCACGCCUCCCGAUGGCUACUCCGAAAGCAACAGCACUGUUGAAGAACAAGGGCUGGAGAUUAAUGUCGACGUCUCCUUCCCCGUUCCAAUUACACGUCUGGCAAGCCGAAGCCAUCCAAUAUCGGUGACGAUGGGCUCAACGGCAUCUACCAGUCUCAAGGAUAUGAACACCGAGACAGACCUGCGAAAAGCAAAUGCCACGCUGUCCAAUCGGUCAGCGGAGCUGAAGGGUGACUUCAUCCUGUUGAUUUCUCCGAAGGAAAGCAUUAGCAAUACCAAAGUUUUCAUGGAGCCCCAUCCGAAGUACGACGACCACAGUGCUAUUAUGGUCACCAUCUCGCCACAAGACUUUGCCAGGAAUGCCAGUCCUACGGACCAUUCAAAAUGCGAGAUCCUCUUUGUCAUUGAUUGUUCCGGCUCAAUGGAGGACAAGGUGAAUGAUCUGAGAACGGCAAUGAAAGUCGCCAUUAGGAGCCUUCCAGAAGGGUGUUUUUUCAACUUGUGCCUUUUCGGCAGCUCCCAUGAACUGCUCUGGAAAGCAUCAAAGCCAUCCACCCAAGAGAACUCAGACGAGGCUUUUGCUUGCUCAGCCCAACUUACGGCAGACAAGGGCGGCACAGAGCUGAACUCUGCCUUGCAGAGUGUCAUCACGAGCCGGACUCCAAAUAUGGAAACCAACGUCAUCGUGGUAACCGACGGAGAAACCUGGGACACGGAGGAGAUCCACGCAUCAGUUCAAGAGGCAAACAGAGAACAUGGACUUCUCAAAGAUCUCGAAAAUCAAACCAGCUGGCUGCAUGGCAUGCAACACGAAGGAAAAAAUACUGUGGACGACACCAAAUUCCAGGAUAUAGUCAAGACAGAGGCCGAAUCCUUCGGGAAAACGUGGUCCAUUGUUGGAAAGUGGACCAGCUUCAUCGCCCUCGAAAAAUCAGGACCUAAGGCGCACGUCAAGAGUCUGGUCCAUCUUUACCGUGCAGAGGCGCUCUACCUAUCAGGACCCUCAAUAGCAGGCAACGCCGUUGCAAGAAGAAGGACCGACGCAGGUGGACAAAGCCUAUGGCCCAUCAGCGGGUUUGUUAACCCGAAUGUUUGCAAUCCUCCUCAAGCGUUUUCCGGGGCCGUCCGCAGCCCGUUUGACCAUUACGGCACAGCACCACUUGGCUGGCACGAAGCCUCUAGAGCCGCUGAAGGACCAGUAGAAGUGCAAGGAGAACUGAUUGAGCUCAUUUCCGCCAGUGCACCUGCGGAAAGCCCAAGAAUAAUCCCUUGCUGUGACUAUAGCAUCCAGGAUUUGAGACACAAAUCUCUGAUGCCGUGCCAGUCCACCAGAGAAUUUGUAAUGAACCCGCAAACAUCGGGAAUAUCCGUUGAAGAUAUCGUCUCAGCUCAAAGAUCGACGGGAUGCUUUGUUCUCCACUCAACCUCACUCGAUACCUUGUUGAGUGCGUUUGAUGAGAAAGCCGUCCAGGAGGUGAAAUCCAGAGUGGAAAACAAAUCUUCCGACACCAAGGAACCGUUGUUGCCUACGAUUCUGACUAUCGUAUAUAUCGAGAUGCAGUUUCAAGAACAACAGGAACUACUGGACCUCGUUAUCGACAGGGCCAAGAGGUGGCUUGAAAAGGCCCUCCCUGAGGAGAUCGACGAGCUUUUGGAGGUUGUGCGGGGCGGCUUCCUGGGAAUGGCGUGGAGAGUGCAGGAAAACGAGCUUGGAAAAAGUACCGUGCUCUUCACGUGA